AUGAUGUAUAGUAUUGAAGAAAAUCAAAUUAAUCCUCCCAUGUUUCUAACUUCUAAUGAUGAACCAUUUUAUAAUGGUGGUAAUAAUAAUAAUGACGGUACAGCACCAAGUACAUCUACCAGUAAUGAUAGUACGAAUACUACUAAUGAUAAUGAUAAUUUCCCCAUCCCUCAAGAAAUAAGUCCUUCCAUAUGGUUAGGAUCUUAUCAAUCAUUAACGAAUCUGGAAUUCUUAACUUCAAAAAAUAUCAAAAUCAUUAUAAAUUGUGGUACAUCACUUCAAUUUCUUAAAUUAUUACAUCAAAGAAAUGAUAUUGUGGUGUCAAGUGAUGUAAUAAUCUUAAGUCUUGAUCCAUCUUUCGAUAUAAAUCAUUUGAAUCAAGAUGAUUCAGAAUUGGUUCAUGAUUUUAUUAAACAAUUUAAAAAAAUCUUACAGAAUUAUUUACAUUAUUUUUAUUAUAAUAAUUCCGAUAUAAAUAAUUUAAUUCAUAAAUUACCUAAUGGUGAUAAUGCAGCUGCUAAUAAUCAAUUACAAUUAAAUAAUCCAAUCUUAACGGGGAAUUUAAAAAAUCAAUUCUUUAAUAUCAUAAGAUUUAUAAAUUUAAUUAAAUUGAUUAAUUCAAAAGUUGAAAUAUUGAUUGUUUCAGAAUUUGGAUCAUCAAAAUUAUCAACAGGUUUAUUGAUUGCUUAUUUAAUGGAUUGUUAUAAUUUUAAUUUCCAAGCUUGUUUUAAAUUCAUUACUUUAAAAACAGGUCAAUCAAAUUUACAUAAUUUUAAUUUCAAUUAUUAUGAUGAUUUAUUAAUCUUUGAAAAUUUAAAGAAAUUUCAAUUAGAGAAUAAUCAAAUUAAAGCUAUGAAACCUGAUUUAUUAACAAAGAAUUAUAAAUUAAAAAGAAGAUGUCGUGAUGAAGAAGAAACCCCAACCCAAACCACCCCUAUUAAUGAUCAAGAUUUAUCAUUUACAGAUGAUGAAACUUCAAUGAUUGAUGAUUCUUCAUUAACUAUUAAUUCUUAUGAUCAUCAAUAUCCUGAACGGAAAAGAAGAUUUGUAUAA